AUGGGGUCUCUGAAAAAGGAAAACAAAAAGGCAUUCAGCUCAGCAGAAACAACCAACUGUAGCUGUGCUGCAAAGUCUACUGGAAGGCAAACAACCACAGAUGAUGACUGUGCUGAGCCACAGAGUGUCAAUAUGGCGCAAUUUGAGAACGAUUUCCUGUCUGCACAUAAUGCUUAUCGCAAGCGACAUGGUUCGCCUCCUCUUCAGCUCAGCAGGGAACUCAGUAAUUCAGCACAACAAUGGGCAAAUUAUCUGCUGUCCAUCAGAACUAUGAAGCACAGCGGCAGUGGAUAUGGAGAAAACAUUUACUACGCCUACGGCUUUAAGGAACUAAAAGGUCAACAGCCUGUCGAUUCCUGGUACAAUGAGAUUCAGUACUAUAACUUCAGCCAGCCAGGAUUUGCGAUGAAUACAGGUCACUUCACCCAGGUGGUCUGGAAGGACAGCAAACUGCUGGGAGUUGGCGUAGCCACCGAUGGCAAAGGGCUUUUCUAUUGUGUUGGACAAUACAGCCCAGCAGGAAACGUGAUGAGCCCUGGGUAUUUUGAGAGGAAUGUUUUACCCGCCACAGCUUAA